AUACGAAUCAGAGUAACCUUUUCAAGUUUCCACCCAGCUUAUACAUAUAUCGAAUCUUUACUUUUUCAUUCCCUGCAUGGACUUUACAUUGAAAACAUAAAUCCAAGCAAACAUGAAUCGUGUGCUGGAGGACGUCAUCAAUAAAAACGCUGCCAAUACGGAGCGCAUAACGGCUGAGAAUACCCUGGGCUACGUGGUAUCUGACAACACAUCAGGCAAUGUGGCUGCCACGUCCUUCGACAACACCAGCGCCCAGGGCAUAGUGAAGCACAUGAAUAUCCUGUUGGCUGGACUUGUGCAAAGCGCCGUCCGUGAUCUGGAUCCGUCGAACUCGCUCUGUUAUCUGCGUGUGCUUACUCGCAAGUUCGAGUACCUCGUUGCACCCGAGGAGCUGUUUACUAUUACCGUAAUACAAUAAACACACAAUGAAUAGAGAUUCCGAUGCCCCGCGAGUGUUUCUAAGAAAUCAAAAAUGAAUCACAUAAAUAUGUUCCUUACAUUAACAUUUUAAAAAUUCGAAAAAAUAAGAAAAUAUAAAUUUGUUUGCCUCCCAAAUAUAUAGUGAGUCACUUAUGCUUGAA